AUGUCUUGGCGUGAACUCCUUCCCCCCUGGCUGGUGAUCGCAGCGGGACUGACAGGCAUCGUGCUCCUUUGCAUCUCCACUAAAGAUGUACCCAUCACCCCUCUUAGGACCAAGUAUGCCAUUGUUCUGGAUGCUGACCCAUCCCGCACCAUCCUGUUCAUCUACCAGUGGACCACCAUCCAGGCACAAAAGACUGGGGUGAUCAGGGAAUGCAGUUCCUGUCCCGUACAAGGUCUGGGAGUCUCCAACUACUCAGAUUCUCCUGAGAAAGUAGGGAAGAGCUUGGAGCAUUGUUUGAACUGGGCCCAGAAUGAGAUCCCGGCAGAGCAGCACAGCCAAACCCCCCUCUACUUGGGAGCAACCGCCAGCAUGAGGCAGCUGAACCUCACCAGUUCCACCUUCUCUGACGGUCUCCUUGCAGCCCUGACUGUGGCCCUGAAGUCAUCCCCCUUUAACUUUCAGAGGGCACAAAUCCUGUCCAGUCAAGACAAGGAAGCAUUCAAUUGGGUUGCUGUUAAUUAUGUCCUGGAGAACUUCUUCAAG